GGCGCGCGCCGGCCGCAGCGGGUACAGUUCUCCAGGUCUGAGGAGCCGCUGCUCUGAGGGAUCUCCUGGCAGAAUGGGUAAAAAGAUAAAGAAGGAAGCAGAACCUCCUCCUAAGGAUGUGUUUGAUCCAUUAAUGAUUGAAAGCAAAGAAGCAGCAACUGUGGUGUUAAUGCUUAAUUCUCCAGAAGAAGAAAUUUUGGCUAAAGCAUGUGAAGCCAUUUAUAGAUUUGCUUUAAAAGGUGAAGAAAAUAAAGCUACCCUCCUUGAACUUGGAGCUGUGGAACCCUUAACUAAACUGCUCACCCAUGAAAACAAAAUUGUAAGGAGAAAUGCUACUAUGAUAUUUGGAAUCCUGACUUCUAACAAUGAUGUAAAAAAGUUGUUAAGGGAGUUAGAUGUCAUGAAUUCUGUCAUUGCUCAGCUUGCUCCAGAAGAGGAAGUGGUUAUCCAUGAGUUUGCCAGUCUUUGCCUGGCGAACAUGUCUGCAGAGUAUACCGGCAAAGUGCAAAUAUUUGAGCAUGGUGGGUUAGAGCCACUCAUCAGACUGCUGGCCAGCCCAGACCCUGACGUGAAGAAGAACUCUACUGAGUGCAUUUACAACUUGGUCCAGAUUGUUUUGGUUAGUAUAGACUUUGUUCUUCCAAUCCAUGAUGCUGCUGCUGAAGCUGAUGGUAUUGAUCCAUUAAUAAACAUGCUGUCCAGUAAACGAGAUGGAGCCAUUUCCAACGCUGCUACAGUAUUAGCGAACAUGGCAAUGCAGGAGCCCCUGCGUGUGAGCAUACAGAACCACGAUGUCAUGCAUGCCCUCAUCAGCCCACUCCGUUCUGCAAACACGAUUGUGCAGAGCAAAGCGGCUCUCGUGGUGGCUGCAACCGCAUGCGAUGUUGAGGCCCGGACAGAGUUAAGAAAUUCAGGCGGCCUGGAGCCGCUGGUGGAGCUCCUGCGCUCUAAGAAUGCAGAAGUGAGAAGGCACGCCAGCUGGGCGGUGAUGGUCUGCGCCAACGAUGAGCUGAUGGCUGUUGAAUUAUGCAGGCUUGGGGCUUUAGAUAUCCUUGAAGAAGUUAAUCUAUCAGUAAGUCGAAAAAAUAAAUUCAGUGAGGCAGCUUAUAACAAAUUGCUCAACAACUACCUGUCUCUGAAAUAUAGCCUGACUGGCUAUUUGUCAUCAAGUAACAUAAUUAGUGACGGAUUCUAUGAUUACGGUCAGAUAAAUCCCGGCACCAAACUUUUGCCUUUGAAGGAUCUCUGCUUACAAGAACCAAGUGAUCUACGUGCUGUACUCUUAGUUAACAGUAAAUCUGACGUUUCUCCACCUCCAUCUAUGGAAGAUAAGUCAUCAGAUAUUGGUUAUGGACGGAGUAUUUCUUCCUCAUCUUCUUUAAGAAGAGCAAGCAAAGAAAAGACGAAAACAAAUAUUUUUCAUUUUAGUACUGGAUUUGGAUCUCCCACAGAAGACAAAUCAGAACCUACUUCUGGACGAAAUACUGCUCUUAGCAAAAGCACCACGAAGGAGAAAAGAUCAAGCUUUAUCCCCAGUUCAGGCCUUUGUAUUAUAUCUCAAGACACUGACCUCAUUAUUUCCUUUGGAUCCCUGGAGAUAGAGUAA